AUGGUACGGUUUGGUUUGUUAAUCCCGAGUAUGUCACGCAUUGUAAAUUACUUUCGCUUGAAAUGAUGUUGUCUUUGUCAUACAACCUUUGUUCCGAGUAAUAUACACUUUGUGGUUUCUUUAAGAAAUUGGGGAAAUUUCAGCUAUUUUAAUUGAUAUAUUUAUAGAAUUCAUUUUAUUUGCAGUUAUUUUAACGCAAUUUUACUACUUUUUAGAAAUUUUCGACGCUCCGUGAAGUUUUUUCUCAUUCUUAUACUAUACUAACCAUAAUAAUUUUAGUUUUACAACAUAGCCCUCGCUAGAUCCACAAUAUUACCCACGAAAAGCUCAAACACAUUUACUACAAAAGUACUACAGUAACCAACCUUUACUCGUAGUAAACUUGAAAGGGUCCCAUCGGCCCCAGACUUCUAAAACCUGGCUCCAUCUACGGUGACUCCGGAUUUAGCAACGAUAGUGCGCGGUCAAGAGACCAUUCCAACAUCGUUUCAGUCCACGGCGUUCAGUCCAGACACAGGAUCGGCCAGCUCCAUUCUCUCCACCUCGUCCGGCUUCGUGUCUCUCAACUCACAGGGAGUUGGCUACGGUGUCAAUCUGGAUACCUCAACCUUUGACCAGUCCCCGGCCUUCGGGAACAACGAUGUCUUGUUUUCGAACUUUAGGUAGGUGCAUAUAACAUUACUAAAAUUGGAGUUUUAUACAAAAGUUUAAAAUUGAUUUCAAAUUUUAUAAAAGAUAAAAAUUGUUACCUAAUUUUCGAAUCCCAGGCCUUCAACGAGUAAAUUGUCAGACUAUUUGGAUGACAAAAGCGGCAUUCUGCCUUUACAAAAUGGUUUAGUAAACAACAGUCCAAUCGGUGGCCAUUCUGGGUCAAUGGCUGUUCCACAGGCGUUAUCAACAUGUUCCGAUAGUAUUCAACCAAGACAACGUAUGUUAUGUUAGCUAUACCUAAAAAUCAAAAAAGAUAUACUUUUUGAUCUAAUUUAUUUAUAAAAGUUUUAAUUAUCUUAUCAAAAAAUAUUUUUUUUAUAAUUUUUUGUGUACUAUAAAGGGUUUAUGACACAAUGUCACAAUUGAUUUUUAGAAAUAUUUUUAUUUCUGAUGAAAUUCUGUUACAGGACGAAAAGUACCAGAAGGAGAGUUGUGCGCGGUGUGUUCUGAUCGUGCUACUGGAUAUCAUUAUGGUGUAGCUAGUUGUAAUGGAUGUAAAACGUUUUUCCGACGAACUAUCGUAUCCGAACAUACCUUUGUCUGUCAAUAUAAUGGGAAAUGUGAUGUUAACAAAAGUAAGUAACUUUAUUCUAAUAUAUUUCCUUAUUUUUUACUCGUUUUAAAUUUUUUAAAGCUAAUAAUGCAUUUUUUAAAAUUUUUAAACUGUAUGUUAUCCUCAAAUUUCAGACGUCCGCUGUGCUUGUCGCCAUUGUCGCUUCAACAAAUGUGUCGCAGUAGGUAUGGAUGCUCGUGCUAUUCAGAACGAUCGGGAUAGAAUUGGCCCCACCAAGAAGAUGAGGAUGAUGAAGCGGAACAGUUCAGCCGAAGAUGAUCGCUAUUCGAAUGGGUCUAUGUCUCCUGUUAUGAAGGCUGGCGAUGAUAAGAUCAUUGAAUACCUUCAUUCAGCUGAAAAGAUGUGUAAUCUCUUGAGGACAAAAGAAUUGGUACAACCAAAGAAUGUGAAAGAAGCUUUGUCUACACAGAGUCUGCUGCUACAGGCCAACAAUCUUCAAGUUGAUGUAGGUAUUAUUAAGUUGAUUUUGGUUUUUAGGGGUGUUUGAGAUGGUUUGGUCAUUUUGUUGUUAGGUAUAGGUUGCAAAGGAAUGGUAGAAGUGAAGAUUAAUAAUAAAGCACAAAAGUAAUGCCUAUAUUUAGGUUUACACGGUGUUCCGAGAGCUAUAUCCAGCUUCAAUGGUGGAUAUUCAAAAAUGGAACAUUCGAGAGCUUGUUUUAUGUAUUGAAUGGGCCAAAUCUUUCGAAGAAUUUGUGAAAAUGGCGGAGAGCGAUCAGGUACGUCGAAAAUCUUAUUUUUUUAAAGAACUAACUUUAAAACUAAAUUUUUAAACAAGAAAUGAAUUUGAUUUUUUAUCCAAUUUUAAUUUAUAUUAAAUUCUAUCCUUUGAUCAAUAUUUAUAAAUUUUAGUACUAUCUGAUGCGCAACUUUGCUUUUACCUUCAACAUUCUAAAUCGAGUAUAUUACUCGCUAGACUACGGACCGGACAAGAUUGUCUACCCAAAUGGAGCCUACAUUCUUCGUCAAUCUCAAGAUUCCUUGAAGAUACCUGGCUGUCGCUCUAUUUACCAUCGCCAAAUGGACGAGAUUAUGAUGCCGUUGAGGAAGUUGGAUAUUGGCAUUCCAGAGUUUGCAGCCUUCAAGGCUUGCCUUCUGUUCAAUCCAGAUGCUCUUGAGUUGAGUUUGGAUGUGAAAGAAGAUGUGGCUAGAGUGAGGACAAAGUAUUUGAACUCUCUAUUCCAUAUACUAACACAGCGACAUGGUAUCUCGCUGGGGGCUCAGAAGUAUGGCCAGAUGUUGAUCAUGAGCAGCAGUAUACAGGUAAAAAAAUUUGAAAAUUUUCAUAAACCGUGUGGAAAAAGGCUGGAAAAUUUUGAAUUUUACAAAAUUAUAUGCUUAUGUCGCACAAAUAUAAGUUUAUAUAUUGCCACACAUUGUAAUUCGUAUUUCAGAACAUUGUCGAUACGAACGAUGAAAAUAUGCAAAUUAUGGACGUGUUUGGCAACUUCUGGAGAAUAAACGCCUUUGUCAAGGAAUUGUGUAUGAAGUAG